GGCAUUUUAAAACCCACCCGGAAAUCAAUAUCCCACCACAUCAACACAUUGCUCACUCACUGGCUGACCGGUCCGAGGCAAUAUGGAAAAGCAUGCGUUGCGCUUUUUCCCAAGCUCACCAUGAAAACAAAACGACACAAUGAAGUCUAAAAUAAAGUUUCUAUUUGUCGUCAUAACCGUCGCCUCUCUCGUAGUGACGGUCUUGACCCUGUACAGGUUCCACACACAGCUACGUCUCCUUACGCUUAAACUGUCAGGUCAGAACCCACCUCCUCCUCACAUCGUUUUCAUCGUUGCUGACGACCUCGGAUGGAGUGACGUCAGCUGGCAUAAUCCAAACAUCAUCACGCCGAAUCUCGAGAAGCUUGCGAGAAGUGGACUGAUCCUGAAUUACUCGUAUGUAGCUCCAAGGUGCUCGCCCACAAGAGCCUCGUUGCUAACAGGGUACUACCCCCACAGAAUAGGUCUCCAGUACCAAGUCAUCAAUUACGGGGACAGGUCACUCCCUCUGACGUUUGAUCUUUUACCCCGUAGACUAAAAGACCUGGGUUAUGCUACACACAUGGUGGGCAAGUGGCACCUGGGAUUGUGCAGCUGGAAACACACGCCCACGUAUAGAGGGUUCGACUCCUUCUUUGGCUAUUACAGCGGGAGAGAAGACUAUUAUACACAUUGCAUAGGUAACAAGUACGAUCUGAACUUUAACACAGAGGUUUUCAAUGACACAAAACAGCAGUACUCAACCUUUCUCUUUCGUGAUCGAGCUGUUGAAAUAAUCAAGGAACACGACCCUUCAGUGCCAUUAUUUCUGUAUCUGCCAUUCCAAGCUGUCCAUGGAACCCUCACGGUACCUCGUGAAUACUCGAAGAUGUAUUCCCAUCUACAUCAUGACAGAGCUACCUAUAGUGGAAUGGUAACAGCCAUGGAUGAAGCGAUCGGCGACGUAGUUAAUGCAUUAGAACAACGGGGACUCUCAGACAACAUGUUGUUGGUCUUCCUCAGUGAUAAUGGCGGGCGGCCAAUAAAAGGGGGAUAUAACUGGCCGCUACGCGGAAUCAAGAAUACAUUAUGGGAGGGAGGGACGAGGGCAGUGAACUUUGUCUACAGUAAAACCCUUCUGAAAGAGACAAGUUCUGUGAGCAAUCAUCUGAUGAACGCAGCCGACUGGUUUCCAACCUUUCUGGCAGCUGCCGGAAGCAAAGACGUCGACCUUGACAUGGAUGGCGUAAACCAAUGGGACGUCAUCAGCAAGGGAGGUAAGCCAGUAAGGUCUGAGCACGUGUAUAACAUUGAAGGAAGGGCUGCUAUUCGUGUUGGGGAAUACAAACUCAUAAAGGGAGAUCCUGGUUUCCAGUUAAGUGAACACCAGCCUGUAUUUGAUUUCAUAGGUCGGGCUAGAAAGAUGGCGAACGGCUGGAUAGCCCCACAGGACAUUGGGAUUCUCAAGACCAAGUUUGGAAAACCUAUAUCAAAGAAGUAUGGUCUCUUUAAUCUCCAUAAAGAUCCCCUGGAGGAACAUGACAUUUCAGAGGACUUCCCUGACAUUGUUGAACAACUCAUUGGGAGAUUACAUCACCACAUGAAUAUAUCUGUUCCGUUUGUUAAGAGUACACCAAUGUCCGCAGAGUACAGCAAGUUGAAGGUAAUGACUCCUGGAUGGUGUGAUAAAUAGCAUAGUCCCUCCAUCGUAGCAUAUGGUAUAGUCCCUCCAUCGUAGCAUAUGGUAUAGUCCCUCCAUCGUAGCAUAUGGCAUCGUGGAUAAAUCAAACUCCCUUUGAUAUACACAUUGGCGAACAUUUUUUAAAUAGAUAUAGUUCAAUUGAUGCGGCCUAUAAUGAAAUGUUCAAACUUUCAGUCAAAGCACAUCUUUAUUAUUAAAAAAACAUUUUUCAGCUUUUUCCGGACAUGGAUUGCUUAAUGUAAAUUUAAAAUUACAUUUCUAGGUUUGAGGUUCAAAUCACCACAACUACCUCUGAUUGAUCAAUCACAAUAAAAAAAUCGAAAUUUGUCGUGGAAUAAUUAUGUAAUACCAAAAGAACAAUAUUGCUCAUCAUAUUUUCUCUUAAUCAUAUUUCAUGUUAAUCAGAAUGGCCAUACAAGGGCAAAGAAAGAUGAGCAAUUGACUCUUGUUUUAGUAAAGAUUUCUAAUGCUCAUGAAUGGGUUUUGUCGCGUUAUAUUUUAUUAACUUACAAAUGCAAGCAACGAUAUCUGAAUAUAUAGAAUGUACAUGGACUAUGGAUUUGGAAGACGUGAUUACAAGACGAGUUCCAAAUUAAAAACACACAAAUGUUAUUAAGUGGAUAUAUUAUUUAUUUAUGAUGUAUUUUUACCAUGAUGAUAGUCAACCUGUUUACAAUCUCACUACCCACUGCCCCAGUGAAGACAUACAUGCCAUGCAUACGCGUGAGUGAGUGAGUGAGUGAGUGAGUUUGGUUUUUUAGCAAUAUUCCAGCAAUAUCACGGCGGGGGACACCAGAAAUGGGCUUCACACAUUGUACCCAAGUCGGGAAUCGAACCCGGGUCUUCGGCGUAACGAGCGAACGCUUUAACCACUAGGCUACCCGACCGCACCCCAUGCAUAAGCAAUACUGGUGGUCAACUGUACACUCUCCGAAACGUUCUUAUAAAGUAUACUGCAACAGUGCACCCUCUAUCAUGAAAGGGCGUGUCACCAGAGCCGUUGCAGACCGAAUGGCAACGCCAACAUUAAUGUCCAUGUUAGCAUAUGUUUGUAUUGUCUUUAAUACAUAAUAUUCUGAAGUUUAAUACACUACUGUCAUAGCAAGACCCUAUUAUCAAUAUGAAUACAGCAACGUAUUCAUGUUUUAUGCCAAUGUUGUAAGAACACAAAUACUCCAUCAUGUAAAAUGUGCAAUUAUGUUAAAACUGCUUUUGUUCAAAAGCAAAGAAAUGUGUAUUAUAUCUUAUACUGUUUGCACCUAGAUUGUAUUUCGUGUGUACAAAAAGGCCCGUGGCCUACAAGCACUGAAAUAAAAAGUGAAGUGAA